GCUGAUGCCUCUACCGUACUCCUACAUUAGCAAAGAGCCAUUGCUUCUUCGCUCCCUAUUGUACUUUUAACACAUUCACGACAAAACGAUCCGUCGUCAGGAUUUCUUUUGUUAUCAGUUAUUCGCAGAUUAACCAUGACGUUGGCCGACAUGAAAGGAUUGCCACAUCUGGUAAAGCCAGUCGCACUGGUACUUAUAUUAUUCCAAGUUAUAUUCGUAUUCGCGCCAGGUUACCGAGGAUUCGGGUGGUUUGUCAUCACAACCACUAUGAUCCAGCUGAUAGCUUGCAUACUGACCUUUUUGCUUAUUUUUGCUAAUAUCACAGUUCUGACAGAAGCGCCGUUUUGGCCAAUGGCGGAAAUGGGGUACAGUGGUGCAUUUACACUUUUUGAACUCAUAAACUUCUUCUAUUUCCUUGUGAAUAUGUGCAAUCAUUACAACUUUUGGUUGAUGUGUGGAGAGUUCUUUUCUGCGUUCUUAUGUCUAAUUUGGUUAUUCAACGCGCUCCAGUGGCUGCGUGCUCCUCCACCACUCACCACUUCAGAAGGACCAUCCAAGCGUGGAAGAUCGAACCAAAAUGAUCCCCAAGAAAUAUUCCAGUUCCAAGGAGGUCGUAUCCAACUGAUGACUACUACUAUGACUAAACCAAUCAACCGUCAAUUUGAGCUUGCUUUGACUUUGAUAGGCCAUCCGUGCCAACCAUAA